AUGAAGAACAUAUUCAGAAAAUGGCGCAAGUCAAGCCCAGAUGCCCCAGAUACUGCUUCGGAAGAAGAUGAAAGGCCUCGCCGCGAAGGCUCGGCGCUCGGGCGUAGCCAACAGCCCAGCCAACCCCGGGCGAGACAUACAAAACAGACAUUUCGAGUACAAGGCAUACCAACUCACUGGAAGCUCGUGCCUACCAUGCUCAAGAGGGCACUACAAGGUCACUUUGGAAUCAGAGACAUUCUCGCGGUACACGUGAACUCGAUAGCUGCAGAGAGCCAUCACCGUUCAUGUACCGCCACUAUCACAUUUGAUAACGUUCCCAGCCAGCUGGAGGCACUCAAAAAUGGAAGCGCUUGGGUAGCUCCUCCGGGAGCCAUCCCAUCUUAUAGUAGGCGACCCACACUCACUAUUGAUAAAGACUUUUGGGGUAUCACAACCCUCGCAGCCCCUACUGACUCCUUGGUCGAUAUCAUCGCAAUCUCUGGACUCGGAGGGCACGCAUUCGGCUCGUUCAAGGAGAGAGGAGGAGAGCAUAUGUGGCUCAGAGAUGCACUUCCUCGCGACCUCAACGGCCGCCGUUCAAUGGGAGUUGCGAGUGUGAUGGUCUACGGCUACGACUCAAGCCUCCCAUUAAGCAACAGCUUCCAGGGACUGGAUGAUCUUGCCAGGUCGUUUUACAACAGCCUACAGAACAACCAGGGUGACGGCUCGGCCACCAGACCUAUAAUAUUUGUCGCCCACAGUCUGGGAGGACUGAUCGUCAAAGAACUUCUGAUAUUGCUGUCAAAGUCGGGUCCCGGCUUUGGGCAGAAUCUCUUUCGCGCGAUAGACAGUAUCGUUUUCUUCGGCGUGCCGAAUCAUGGCAUGGACAUCACUUCACUUAUGCCCAUAGUUCAGGACGGCCCCAAUCGCGCAUUAGUUGAGUCUCUGGCAAACGACUCGCAAGCUCUGAGAGAACAGGACGAGGUCUUCUCGGAUAUCGUGGGGGACGAUGUUGAGAUCGUCUGUUUCUAUGAGACAUUGCAGUCGCCGACAGCCAUCCAGGUACGCUCCAUUCAGCCGGCCCAGCCGCUUUAA